UGGCAGCAGGCUUCUCACUUAUUAAUCAUACGCUUUCUUCCUUAUCCAAUCUGCAGCAGGAGGGAGUGAGGAGGAGGAGGAGGAGGAGGAAGGGAGAAUGAGAGAAGGUGGCUUGGGGAAGGGCUGUCACCUAGUUUGCCACACUCUCUCCACCUCUCGCUCGGGUGAUAGUAGGUGGAGCAGCAUUCACUCUCUAAAAGGGAGAUUGUAAAAAAAGAGAAACAUAGAAACACCCAAACACCCAUUUUUUCUUUCUUUUGUUUAAUAGCACUUGGUGAAUAUGGCAGAGAAUCCAGUGUGCACUGCUCAGAUGAACGUCCGUUCUGGCAGUCAGAGCAACAGCUGCAUCAGUAUUCUGGGAGGCAGUGGCAAUAGCAUCAACAACAGCAGCAAUAUUGUCCCAGUACUUUUCUGCUUCUCAGUAUUUGCCCGGCCAUCCUCUGUACCACAGGGCUCAGGCUAUGAGGUUCUGAUAAAGAAGUUCCUCAGUCUGUAUGGAGAUCAGAUAGACAUGCAUCGCAAGUUCGUUGUGCAGCUCUUUGCUGAAAAAUGGGGCCAGUAUAUUGACCUGCCCAAGGGAUUUAUAAUCAGCAAAAGCUGCAAGAUCAGACUGGUGCCCCUGCAAAUCCAGCUCACCACCCUUGGGAACCUUAUACCAGCAAGUACGGUGUUUUUCUGCUGUGACAUGCAGGAGCGGUUUCGACCCGCAAUUAAAUAUUUUGGAGACAUAAUCAGUGUAGGAGAAAGACUGCUCCAAGGUGCACGGAUUCUAGGAAUACCAGUUAUUGUCACAGAACAGUAUCCCAAAGGUCUUGGAGGUACCGUCCAGGAACUUGACCUUACUGGAGUAAAGCUUGUCCUCCCAAAAACCAAGUUCUCUAUGGUUUUACCUGAAGUAGAGGCAGCAUUAGCAGAACUCCCUGGAGUACGCAGUGUGGUGCUUUUCGGAGUAGAAACACAUGUAUGUAUCCAGCAAACAGCACUGGAUUUGAUUGGUCGAGGGGUAGAAGUCCACAUUGUGGCAGAUGCAACUUCUUCAAGAAGUAUGAUGGAUAGAAUGUUUGCUUUGGAGCGCCUAGCACUUAAUGGAAUUAUAAUUACAACAAGCGAAGCAAUACUCCUACAGUUGGUUGCUGGUAAGGACCAUCCAAACUUCAAGGAAAUCCAAAAUCUUGUCAAAGCAAGUGCUCCAGAGUCAGGGCUUCUUUCUAAGGUGUAAGGGAAAUAAUGAAUGGUAAAUAACUUUGUGCUCUUAGCUCAGAUGCAAAAUUAUAUCAAAUCAUGGGUAUGUCAUUGUGGUAAAAGGUCCUGUUUUCCUUCUGUACAAUGUUGGCAUUGUAGGUAGCUGCUUUCAUAGUAGGUGCAGGGUUAGGCCUAACAUGAGAAAGAAGCAAAGAUAACAUUAAUACUAAAUAUACAUUUGCAAUAAACAUGUCUAUAUGCAAGCACAACAUGGUGUGACAUUAGUUGACGAUCUAUCAUGUGAAGUCUAAUGACUUCUGUUUUGUAAAUACGUUCAAGUUGUAUGUAACAUUCAGUAAAAUACAAAGUUCUUUUGAAGCCUAACAGCCUUUAAUUAUACUCUUCAUAGGCCACAAAAUGAUCUAGUCAGACUGCCAGCUUUUCAGCAGCAGUUAAAUGUUUGGACAUCCCCAAAUCCCAGAUGACCUUAAGCCACCAUUCAAAUGUGGUACAAGACACAGCAUUUAUUCUUUCAAAUUUCAAAAGAAAAAUUGCGAGGAAGAGCUGUAGUCACAUUGGCCAGUGUCCCUGUAUGAUUCUUGCCUUCAUAUACAUAUAAUGUAAUUAAAUAAAGAUCAGUAUUUGGUGCACCUAUGCAGUGUUGGACUGGGACACCA